GCUCAAUCCAUUCCCACCUGAGUGCGUAUUCAGACCGCUCAUGGCUGGGCGCUUUCUGCUGGUGCUGCUUGCUGCACAUGCGGUAGCUCAGAAUUUCCUUAACGAGGAUGUUGGAGAUACUGCGCAGACCUGCAACGUCGAUGCAGUGCAGGUGGCCAACCUACGACAGUUGCAUCCCAUCUUGCAUGAUUUGGUAAAUACCACCUUCUUCCGGCUCUUCCGGGUGAAUCUGCGAAACCCUGUUUGCCCAUAUUGGAAGAGUACUGACAGCGAACCAGAGAAGCCAGGAGGUACAUGUACAGGAUCCGUGCCGACGGGGCCGCUCGGAAAACCGUCCUUCCUCACCAAGGGAGGCCCCGGCGCUGGCGUUUCCAGUUUGGAGCCGGCUCAGGAAGGGGGCUGCUCCGUGGAGGCGGAUGCCAGCUCCUUGGACUUGGCGGUGGACCGGAAGCUCACAAAGCAAGAGCAGGUGGCCCAGCUCGAGCGUGACAACGAGACGCAGGAUUGCGAGUUCGAGGAAGAUCUUCCGCACUACUGGAUGGAUAUGUGCUCUGGCGACCAUGCCAAGGGCAAAGAACUGGAGGAUGUGAACCUCAUCAAGAACCCAGAGCGCAACACCGGGUACAACGGCUCGCACAUUUGGCAGGCCAUGUACGACGAGAAUUGCUUUGAGGUUGGCAGCACCAUGCCGCGGGGCCGCUUUGGCGCCAACGAGCCCAUGUGCUACGAGGAGAGGGUGCUCUACCGCCUGCUCAGCGGUUGGCAUGUGUCGACCUCCAUUUCCAUCGCCAAGAAUUUCUACGCUCCAGGAACGAAGCAGAAAGGUGCCUGGUCGCCCAAUCUGGAACGCUUCUAUCACGACGUGGGCGAACAUCCGGAGAGGGCAAAGAACCUUCACUUCUCCUUCGUGGUCUUGCUGCGCGCGGUGCGCAAGGUUCUCCCUGCUCAUCGCGAUCUUGCCCCCCAUCAUGUCGCGCGUGUAGAUCGAGCAGCGCCCUUCCUGAACACCUAUGCGUUCAACACCGGUGAUGAGCAAGAAGAUGCGAAGACGAAGAUGCUGAUGGCUCGAUUGCUGGACUCCCGGCUGCUGUCGUUGUGUUCUCCUCUCUUUGAGGCCUUCGAUGAGACCAGACUGUUCCGCAGCAACUGGAACCCGGAGCAACGGAGUCAGCUGAAGCGGCAGUUCAAGAGUGUAUUCCGCAACGUCACCGAGCUGGUGGACUGUGUGCAGUGUCAGCGUUGCCGUUUGCACGCGAAGCUCUUCUCCUUGGGUCUGGGGACGGCAUUGAAGAUCCUCCUGUCGCCGGAGGACCUUAUUGCCAGCACCACAUCCCGUGAUGACGUCGUGGCCAUGGUGAACGUCCUGUGGAAGCUGUCGGACUCCUUGGAGGACGUGCGCACCAUGACCAAGCAGUACUACGAGCAGCAGGCACCCAUAGUGCAGCCGCAGCCGCCCCAAGGACCUGACACCGCGCCCGACCUGGACAACACGGACCAGCCCAUGCCACAGGGCACCAGGCGGCAACUACUGGACCUUGCGCUGCGAAAUGUACACAAGGCGAGCGCAACUGGCCAGCUACCUUCAGAGGCUGAGGAGAGGCUUUUGCGCUUCCUGGUGGCUCCGGGUCAGGCCAGUGAGGAGGUCCUCCUCAUGGCACGCCACUACUCUGACCGUGCAAGCACCUUUUGCAGGAUCGCUCUCUUCGCUGCCGAGGCGUUUGAGUCGGCGGGCAGUGUGGCAGCGCCUCAGGCCAAGGCCAAGGCCGCGCCGGCCGACCUGGUCAUCGUAGGGGGGGGCUUGGCGGGGAUGAGCGCCGCGAUGGCGCUGCUGGACCGCGGGGGCUCGGUGGUGAUGGUGGAGAAGCAGCCUUACCUCGGAGGGAACUCCGGCAAGGCGUCUUCAGGAAUCAACGCCGCUUUGGAGACGACUGUGGAGUCAUUGGUGGAGGACACAACAAAGAGCGCUGGAGCGCUGGUGCGGCCGGAUCUCAUCCAGGUCCUGGCCACGGAGUCUGCGGAAGCUGUGGCUUGGCUGAGGGACCGCACGAAAGUGGACCUCUCCAUGCGGUCGCAGCUGGGAGGGCACACUGCCAAGCGAACUCUAAGACCCUCCAACGCCUUCGUUGGAGCCGAGCUCACCUUCGCUGCGGGUCAGGUGCUUAGCAAGCUGGCCGAGCAGGGCAGUAACUUUCAGCUCAUGCUGAAGUCCAAGUGGACGGGCCUGCGCAGGUUGGAUUCUGGCGUUUGGGAGAUUGACGUUCAGCAGAACGGCGCCACAAUCCAGGUGCAGGGUCGGCAGCUCCUCAUUGCCUCGGGGGGCUUUGGCCACGACGCCAAGGAGCUCGAGAGCCUUCUGCUGAAGUACCGCCCAGACCUCGCGGACUUCCCGACGACUUUGGGGCCUCAGACCACCGGCGACGGCGUGAAGCUGGCGCGGGAUCUGGGAGCAGCACUCGUAGACAUGGAUCGCGUACAGCUUCAUCCCACUGGUUUCGUGGAUGUGAAGAAGCCCUUAGAGAACACAAAAACGCUUGCAGCAGAGUUGCUGCGGGGCGUGGGUGGAUUGCUCCUGGAUAGGCACGGGCGGCGCUUCACAGACGAGCUGGGCACCCGUCAGGCGGUGGUGAACGCCGAGCUCAAAGCAGAUGAGGCAGGCUUGGCUCUUCCUGCUCCUUCACCCCACCGUGCCUUUGCCCUGGUUCUGAAUAGCAAGGCCGCCAAAAUGGCCGACAGGCACGUGACGCUCUACUCCAAGAAAGGGCUUUUGACCAAAGCCGAAGGAGUUCAGGGCCUUGCAGAACGCUUUGGCUUUAAGGUAGACGUUGUCAACGCCACGCUGAUGGACUACAACGCCGCAGCGAAGCAAGGCAUCGAUGCCUUUGGCCGCAAAGUCUUCCCCGAGCACUGGCCCAUUGAGGCUUCGGAGGACUUCUACGUGGGUGAGGUGGUGCCAGUGAUCCACUACACAAUGGGUGGGAUCGCCAUCAACACUCAUGGCCAAGUAUUGGAUGCACAGGGCAAGGUCAUGCCAGGCCUCUACGCAGCCGGCGAGGCCAGCGGAGGAGUGCACGGUGACAACCGACUGGCUGGAAACUCCCUUUUGGAGUGCACCGUCUUCGGGCGCCGCAUCGGCAUGAACCUGCCCAUCCGGCAAGGCC